AUGAACAAAGUUUUGAAAUCUCAUAAACACAGCAUCUCCGAUAUAAAUGAACUUCAAGCUACAUUAGACAGUAAAGCCGACAAGAACCAUACACAUAAAUCCUUCACUACUGUUAGAGCAGACGACAUAAUAUUGAACUUUGACCUUGGUUCAAGUGCACCUUUAGAGAAUCCAAGUACAAGCGUAAAAGAUACUCUUAACAAUUUAGAUAAGAGUUGCAGGAAUAUCGAAGAUCAUGCCAGAAACUUUGAAGCAUAUGAACUACCAACAAUGUUAGAUAAGAAAGCUGACAAGAACCAUACACAUAAAUCCUUCACUACUGUUAGAGCAGACGACAUAAUAUUGAACUUUGACCUUGGUUCAAGUGCACCUUUAGAGAAUCCAAGUACAAGCGUAAAAGAUACUCUUAACAAUUUAGAUAAGAGUUGCAGGAAUAUCGAAGAUCAUGCCAGAAACUUUGAAGCAUAUGAACUACCAACAAUGUUAGAUAAGAAAGCAGACAAAACAGAGCUUCAAACAUUAAAGACAGAAAUACUUCAAACAUUAUAUCCCAUUGGUUCUAUUUAUACGUCAAUGAACUCAACAAAUCCAGAAACAGUUUUAGGUUUUGGUACAUGGCAGCAGAUU